CAAGAAAGCAUCGCUACCAUCAUGCUAGCUGAAGGAGUCCUCUGUGAUUAGCCUUGCUAACUCAUGCCAUGACAUCUUGGGUUAUUUUUUCUCGUUGUGGUAUCCCUUUUUUCAUGGACACUGAGAUAUAGAAUGGAAACAACAACUUGUGCGUGAAGGUCGUUGUUUUCUUUGCCAAGAGGACCCGAAAGGACAGUUGCCUCGGUGAACUAGCCAGUAAGCUAGCGCGGCUAACCGUAACACACACACUGCCUGCCAUCACGACCAGCACAUCAGACCCCAAGUCAAGUCCACAAGUCGGCGUGUCGACGUUUCUACCAUUAUCAUGGAGAAGGCUGAUUUCUUGAAAGGACUUCCCGUCUACAACAAGAGCAACUUCAGCAGGUUUCAUGCAGACUCUGUUUGUAAAGCAUCUAAUCGGAGGCCCUCUGUUUACCUCCCAACACGUGAAUACCCCUCUGAACAGAUUAUUGUAACAGAGAAAACCAACAUCCUCCUUCGUUACCUCCAUCAGCAGUGGGACAAAAAGAAUGCAGCAAAGAAAAGGGAACAGGAACAAGGUGAGGGCGACAGCCCGGCACCCCCAAGGAAGAUUGCCAGGACAGAUAGCCAAGAGAUGAAUGAGGACUCAUAAAUAUGUGAGCGUGAAUGUGUGUGUGUUUGCGUACACAGGUUAUAGCCAAUAUAAACUAACAAAAACAAAGGGUAGUCCCACCUGAGUAAAGACUUCUGACCGUGCUGCUGUAGUGUGACAGGAUGCCUUUCCUGGCAUGAAAUUAAGAAUUGCCCAUAAAGAAUUAAGGGAAAUUCCUGCAGACAAAGCAGCCGUUAAUGGUGGAAUGAUUGAGUGUAAAGAUCUCAAAGUCACUGUUAGUCUCUGACUCUGACAGAUCAGGGCCAUCACCUGGGAGGGAACCUUAUACUGGAGUCUCUUUAAUUAAUGUUGGCUAUUUCCUGUGUGGGUUAGUAUACAUGUAUAUGUUCGUAUGCAUGCCAAGCUGUGAGUGUGUGUUUGUUGUGUGUUGUACUGUGCGUGUGAGGUGAGUGAAUAGUUGAAAAAGCGUCAGAGUAGAUUAAAGAUCAGAGAUGGACUUGACAGAUAAAGUCAGACACUACCCUUAAAAUCAGUCUCAUAACUGGUACAUGACUUGUGUAGCCUUCUGGGGAGUCUGUCCUGAUUUGUGCAAAGAUAACAUUUUGUUACUGUUUUAAUUUUAUUAUAACUAUUAUUGUUUAUGUAUGGCAAUGAGCUUCCUGCCAGCCACAGUGCCCGCCCUCUCAGUUUCACUGCCCACUCUGCAACCACAAGGGGGCAUUGCAACAUUUCUCCACACUGUUUGAAUCAACAGAACCAAGAAUGCACUGUGAAGAACAGCACAAAGUAGAAGCAACUCUUCCCCUUAGAUGUGUGUUUAUGGUGAAUAUGCAUAUCUUCAUUCUAUUCUGGGACUUGUGCUUGUAGGAUCAAUGUUGUGUUGGUGUCUCUGAGAAAUAUUUUUACAUCUAGCACCACCCUCUGGCCAAUCAAAGCCAGUAAGAGAGAGUUGGCCUUGAGUUUUAGCUUUUCCAUCAUCAAAGGAUGUAAAAGAAAAAGAAGGAAGAAGUUACGCCCAAAUAUGAAAAUGUUAAUCAUAUUGUUGGAUUUUCAGUUGCACAACUUGAUAACAGCACAGAUAGUGAAGAAGAAUAUGUAUAGUAAUGUAUGGAAAAGGGAAAAAGAAUACAUUAUGUUGUGUGUAAAUACUUACCAAUACCAGAAUUAGUUUAUCCAAUGGAAUAUCUUUGUGUCUGCCUUUUUGUAAGAUAAUACAUGCCCGUGGAUACAAUAGAAAAUCACCCUUGUGAAAGUGAAGACAAGAGCCCCGUGCCCAGUGGAUGUAAUCUUGCCUUGCAUGUUGAUGUUUUCACGGCUGGGUCUUGUACUCCUGGACCUCUAAUAAAACUUAAGGGGGUGUUGGGGUUGCGGUGUUCUCUCACAUAACUGUGGAAGGUAUUAGCCUAGAGGCCUUACAACCUGUCGUCAUGGUUCGGACCCUUUUGCUCCCCCAGCUCAGGGCCCGGGGAUAGCCGUCCUGUUAGCGCUGUCUUUGCGACGGCCCCCGCAUGGUUUUUUUUGUCUGAGAGCUGGCUUAGAUGAACACAGGGGGUUUAAAAGGGGGGGGUGUUGUAUUUUCAGCCAUAGAAUGCACAAUAAGCAUGCACAGCAAAGUGCAGUCGCCAUCCUGCCUUGUCCCAGAGAUUCAGUUUGUAUUGGUGUCAUAUACUGUACAACACUGAACAGAGCUUUUUAUUAAAUGUUCUUACCACUGCCCAUCAGUCACAUCAAAGCCUCCUGUCCUUCCCGUUCUUUUAUCAGUCAAUGCUGCAGUGUGGGUUGACAGUGUGGUUAGUCAUCUUCCUACCUACAGUGUAAAUACCCUGUCUGUUUCUGAAGCGUAAGAACCAUGUUAUGCUUCUGCUCAGAUAGACUGUUCUACUACACCCUAAGCCUUGCCCCAUCUCAUGUGUGUUAGAUAAGACAUGUUCUUUUUAGCUUUGCUGAAAUAAAACUGGAUUGAAACUGG